AUGUUGGCACUGUUGGUCUCUAUCGCGGUACUGGCGUUAUCGGUGCUCGCCGAGCCGAUAUACUACCUUGACGCAAGAUCAGGCUCGCCCUAUUUUACAUUCAAGGACGGUUUGGAGCCAUGGCGCAUCUACAGGCAGGACUGGAUGUACCCGGACAGGGUACCGGUCGACCUUGAGGACGACGUCUGGUUCAGUCGGGAGCAAGCCUUCUUGUACAAGACAUCCUCACCUGGAGCUAGCGUCACCUUCAACUCGACAGGAAGCGUCUCACUGAUCCGGGGAUAUCUCAACUCGACAAUGGAUCCCGCACGUCUGCAGUCGACAAACAUCAUUUCGGUCACAGUCAAUGGGGAACCCGUACCCGUCAACUCGUUGGUUGGGACGGGGGUCAUGUUCGUGAAUAUCGCCAUAAAUAACGACUCAUGGUUCGACCUCAGAGCCACUGGCGGCCUUCCGCACUCGAUCACGGUUACCCUUGGUCCCGAGUGGGAGGGUGAAAUCUGUGUCAAGCACGCGACCAGCCACAUCUUUCCUCCAGCAUUAGAUAUGUCAAUGGUCCACUUCCCGAACCUAAAUGCGAGCCAGUCUCACGUCCACUUGUUUCACACCAUGAACCGUACCAAUUGGAUCUGGGAGGGCGAGUGGGAGAGGGUCAAGCGAAUCCUUGUGUUGGAAACGAGCGCCGGUAGGGCUGAAUUCCCUUUUGCUCACGGCAAGAAAGGGUCCAAGGUCACCGGUCUACUUCCCGAGAACGCUACAAUGUUCAUGAUAACGUCCUUGUUCAACAGGGACACUGGAAUGAUGGUCACGGUUGACCCGCCACCAGUCAAGUCGCCCAGUCCCAAUCCAUUCAUAUCCUCCACCAAUCAGACAUUUGGGCCAUCUCUUCAGAACGGUUUCUUCACAGAGUUGGACCCCGCCCAACGGUACACAGUCACGAUUGAGGCCAUCAACGACGGCGGCUGCUACCUCGAGUCUGCGGUUGCAUUCCCAUACGACAUGCUCCGUGUCACCGACCCUACGUAUUGGCCUGGGUAUUACACGGACCCCGGUUCGGGGAACGGAACGGUUGGUUCGGGAACAAGUUCGGGCUCGUCAGACACAAGCAGUGGAACUGGGGGAGAGAAAGCCUCGCAAGACGACACAGGCAACCCCCUAGAGAAGAAGACGACCAACACUGGCGUCAUCGCAGGCGCCAUUGUCGCUGCUCUAGCCGGUUUUGCGGUUGUCGCUGGUCUUGUGACGUGGUACCUUGUCAGGGGCAGGCGCAAGCAGAACGACCAGACCAAGAGGGGGAGCAUGGCCAAAGACCUGGGCCUGGGCGACAAGCACGAGCUGAUCCCCUACGGUGGCAAGGGCUAUGGCGGUAGCCAUCCCAGCCUGGGCUCUUUGGCGCAGAAGACCACGCCCACUCGGUACCUGGCACCGCUUCCGCUGAGCGUAGGCGAGAGUGGCCAGUACACAGGCCAUUCGACCAAGGGCGCUCGGAACCCCUUCGGAGACGACUCGAGUGCCGAGUCUGCCUCGCACGGCUCAGUCUCCAUGACGAUGGACACGCCGAGCAGCGACCGACUCGGCAGCCACCCCCUCCCGGACGACGGAACGCUUCUCGCGGCCGUGCGCGAGGCACUCUCACAGGAGGUGGCACAGCGUGGGGCCGAAGCGCCACCAGGUGUUGGAUUGCCGUUUGACAAGGCGGCAAUUGUCAUGGCUGUGCGCCAUGCGCUAGCCGAAUCGGCCUUGGCCAGCAACCAGCCUCCAGUGUCUGAAUCCAGCUCGCCCUUCUCGGGUCCCAACGAGUCGACGAUCAUCGCGGACCUGAAGGGUAUCAGUUCUUCUUCCACACCGUCAGGCGCGUCGGCCACUACGCGUCAGGACGACGUCUUGGCUGGAACUACGUCUCGGAACCCCUCUGCCUCGAUGGCGCAUGCCGCUCAUACCGAGGAGAAGGCACUGCUCAUGGCCAUCAAGGACGUUGUGGGGCAGGCGAGAGAUGGUGGGCGUGGGCGUCGUGCUGCUCGAACACAGCCUGUGCGCGUGCGCCACGAUGAGGAUGGAGGGACAUUCGCUAUUGCGCCGACUUUGCAGGUGGCUGAGGAGGUGCUGCCGCCAAUGUAUAACCCGCAGUGGGAGAACCGGCGUCGCGGGCGCCAGGAUGCGGAUGGUGCUCAAUAA